AUGCCGUUUGAGGAGGAUGACAAGGACCCAAGGAUCUGGUUCCUCGACCAUAAUUACCAUGAGUCUAUGUUCUCCAUGUUCAAGAGGAUCAAAGCCAAGGAGCAUGUCGUUGGCUGGUACAACACUGGUCCAAAACUGAAGGAGAAGGGCUUGGAUGUUCAUGCAUUGUUUACCAAUUUUUACUGCCUAGUAGUGAGCACACCUAGCCCCAGUCACCUACUUCAAUCAAAGAAACUAAGAAUGUUCAUAAUUGAUUUGCACUUAACCAAUACGACGAGUGCGACGACGAGUCCGACCAGGGCGCACUGGCAGAGGAGGCCCAGGAGCUCACCGCCCCUGAUAGCGAGGGCGCGCCCGACUUGGAUGGUGUCCGCCAAGGCCAACGCCAGUGAGGACGUCGUCCCGGAGUUCGUUGGGGACCUCAUCCCAUUUGACAAGGCGCGUGUCACUACGAGUGUGUCCCCGUGGACGGCACGAGAAAUAGUGAGGAUGAAGAGGUGGAGGGUGGCUUUGUGUAGAAUGGGGAGGUGGGAGAAGAAGAACUCUGAAGGGUUGGAUGAGGAUGACGGCAACAAGUUGAUAGGCCUUGAUCUCAACCUCUCAAGUUUAUGUUCCCUGGUAAUCCUUUUCCCUGCCACGUUCAGGUGCAUCACUCUGAUGUCCAUGAAGGGUGAGAUCUUGGUCGACACUAUGGAGAAGACCCUGAAGCCUGGUGGGUUCCUCAAAUCGGGACUGAUAGAAACCGAAGGGCCACUCAAAGCUGUCAAAGGGCACUUGUAG